UUUUGCCUGGCAUAAAUUACCAAACAUUGAAUUCGUUGGUGAAAUGGCCGAUGAUUAUGGAGGCCCAAGGCGGGAAUUUUUUCGCUUACUUAUGGUCGAAACUCAGAAUUCCCUAGGGAUUUUUGAGGGGAAGCCUGGCAGUCUGCUGUUCAGUUAUAGCCAGCAGUUGCUGUCAAGCAACAAGUUUUAUAUGGCUGGUAAACUGAUUGCUUGGUCGAUAGCACACAAUGGGCCAGGGCCACGGUGUAUCAAUAGACACCUGUUCUGUUUGAUGUGUGGCCAGAAGACAUCUCUUGAUGACUUUGAUGUCGAGGUCUUCAUGGACGAUGACAUUAAACAGAACAUAGAAAAGGUUUCCAACUGCAGCACCCCAGAAGACCUGGCAGACUUGAAAAGUCACCUUGGGGACUGGAUUGCAGGCUGUGGUAUCCCUGACAUCUACACUGCCACACUACUUGAUGUUAAGAGGAUAAGGGGCGAGAUUGUAUCUCAUUUUGCGUUUCACAGGGUUGCCAGCAUGAUUCACCAUUGGAUGGAGUCCAGCUGGAAGUAACAGACGUGAAGAAGAGGAAGCCACCAUCUUUCAGUGGGAAUGGUGGCUUAUGGCCAUUCAGGAGCAAGAGGUGGACAACACGUUUGAAGAGCUGCUGGUCUUCAUAACUGGGGCUGACUUACUUCCACCACUGGGGUUCCCACAGUCCUGCAACAUAGACUUUUACGAUC